AUGGAAUCCCAAAAUACUGUUUGUCAGUCAGCCAACUGAAAGGCCCCUAGGCAGGAAUACUGAUUCGACCAUCAGAAGAUACUUUGCCAUAAUUGUAGGAACACAUUUCAUUUCCAAUGAAACACCCAGAGAAUCUCUAAACCUGAUGAAAUGAUCAGAAGCACUGAGAUGCUCGAAAGAUUUACUCAGAUCCUUAACGAAGAAGCCAAAAAUUAUGGAUUGUUAGAGCAAGUUAAAGGACUGGAGGGUACCUUAAGUUGUAUCGAUAACACUAUUAGUAAAUUAAAGAGUGAAGCUGCAUCUGCUCUGGCAAAUGAUCAUUUCCUCAAAUAUGACCAACUAAAAUUGCAAGCUAGAGAUCUUAAGUCAGACAUUCUGAACUCUAAAUUUGGGAAUUCUGGAAACGGUGUAAACCAGAUCUUUGAGUUGUUGUUUUAUUCUCAAUUGUUUAAAUGUUCAAAGCCAGAAGAAAAGAAGAAUCUAGAAGGAAUGCAGAUAAACAAAGAUACUGGAACUGACAAGCCAAAGGGGACACAAAUUGAUACAUACUCUCCUGUUACAGACACACUUGGAAACAAUGAAAAUGUAGCAAUAAAUUCUGACAGCAAUGAGGGUUCUGAAAAUGAAGUAAAGAGAGAUAAGCAAGCCUCUAAAAAUUCUAAAGAAGAAAUGCACCAACUUAGCGUUGAACUCAAGGUUUUAAAAGAUGCCAAAAAGGAAGAUACAUUUUCUAAACAAGAACACUUAAAUGAUCUUGAAGGAAUGAAGAAGCAAAUAGAUCACUUAGAAAACGAGAAUUUAAAACUGAAUGAUUAUUUGAAAAAAGAGGCAAAAGAAAUUUCAUUGGAGCCAAGGGUACUUAUUAUGGAAGGCAAACUUCCUAAAUAUCAAGCUUUGUACAUUCAUUACUUUAAGGUAUUUAACAAAUUUGAUCCUGAUACUUUUCUCUAUUUAAACAUGAAUCGUUCCAGCAAUAGAGAUUUUCUAUUUGCUUUAGCAAGAGAAUGAGUCCAGCUACCUGAGUUAAAAGAAAUAUCUAUUGAUAAUAUAAAGAGAGAACAUUUAGAGGAUCUUAACAAAUUUUUAUGAAAAUCAAUUUCAGGAAGAUUAUGUGUCCUAAAACUCACAAAUUAUAAAAAUGAUGAGAUUUGCUAUCCUCAAAUAAAAGAAGGAUUAGUCAAGAUAUUACCAAGAGUUUCAAAUGAGAUUUUAUUUGUAGGAAUGAAUACUAAUGCAAGCGAAAGCCUGCAAAUAAUAAGUCAUUCUGCUCAAGCAAGAAGCUUAGAAUUCAAUUGUUGAACAUUCUUGAAAAAUAAUGAUCCACUUAUACAACAAGAGGUUUGACACAGUGUUCAAAAUUUGCUAUUUUUAUGUUUCAGGAAUUGCAAAAUAAAGUAUCCUAUAAGAGGUAAAACAGAUUACUUCUUUGGAGAAAUUGUGACAAAGUUUAUUAAAAAUUCACAAAUGAGGUGCACUAUAGAACUGUUAGAUAUUCAUGAUGAUUAUUUCCUUCUAGAUGAUUAUUAA